CGCGGUGUGAGCACCGCAUUGCUUUGCUUUUUGCCGUCAUUCACGGCCCUAUCCAUGUUAAGACAAGGCAUCGGUCGCCCGUCCUACCUUGGGGCAUCUCGCGACACCCCACAUGCGCGUACCCGUGACAGCUCGGGUCAAUAGCUAGCGAGCUGCUUGGACCGAAUAUGUUAACGAUGUGUCCCUUCAGACAAUUCAUCCUCACCUCCCAGAAACACCUCGCUCUUAUCGACCAUGGACCUCUUUGCAGCCGACAACGCUUGGCCGCUGUGGGAUGACCAACGCAUUGAAGGAGCGUUCGAUGUAACCCUCGCCAACGGCAUUGACCAAGCUGUUGUUCAUAGUGUUGAGCGACCGUGGUUGUUCCAUUACAAGCCCAAGUCAAGUUCGAAUGGACGGGCCAUCCUCAUCCUGGGCGGAGGAGGGUACGUCGAGCUUAUGGUUGGACGUGAGGGCGUUCAGGUAGCAAAUUGGCUGACCAGCCUUGGUUUCGACGCUUUUGUUCUUGUCCACCGCUUCCCGACCGCCAAGUCAGCGCCCCAAGCUCCAGUCGAUGACGCGAGACGAGCACUAAACAUCAUCGCUGCUGAAGGCCUGUCGAAGAAUGGCUUGGGCGUAUGCGGUCUCUCGUCUGGCGGUCACCUUGGCGCUGCGCUGCUAGCGGAGUACCCGAAGUCCUGGACGUCGCCCGAGUCCUCUGCUGCGAUACCCAAGAUAGAUUUUGCCAUCAUUGGAUACGGGCCCAUCUCGACAAAUGCAAAGGGCAGGACAAUCGUAGCCAACAAGGCCGCGCUCCCGCCAGCAGAGAAGCAAGAGCUAUACGAUGUCGUCCAGCCAGACAUCCAGAUCAGUACAGCACCACCCACUUUCAUCGUGUACUCAGGAAGCGAUCCCGUCGUCCCCGUUGUGAACGCGUAUCGACUUGCGGAAGGAAUUACGAAAGCUGGAGCCGCAGUAGAACUUCACGUGUUUUCAGACGCACCGCACGGCUUUGCGCUCGAUACCGUCGGUUUACCGGUCAGCAAGUGGCCGACGUUAUGUGAGGCGUGGCUGGAGCAGAACGGGGUGUUGAAGGCGUGAACGCGUCGCCGCAGAGGGAACGAAAAGGGUUAGUGUGAAAGCGACGUCAUUGACUUUGGGCAUGUAGCAUCAAUCUCAAGAGCGAACAACACUGAUCUACAGUCGUUCAUUACGGCAAUGCAACUACUCACUCGAUAUCUAGAGAAGCUUUUCAUUUCAUACAAAUCAUCGC